AUGGAAAGCUCUGAAACCAAUGAAAAUAAAAGUGAAAGGAUCACAAGGAGAAGUGUGAGGAUCAGUGCACAGCCAGUCACAUCUACACAGAAGACAAGAAAAUCUACACAUCUUCACACAGCAGAGUUGGAACCAGUGAAAGAAGCAGAUAUGAGUGGAAAUGAAGAAACCUCAUCAACGACAGUAGAGACUGUGAAUGUCUGUCUACCGAUUAUUACAGUAGAGGCCAAUGUGAAAAGUCUUGAUGAAGAUGGAAAUAUGGUUUCCAUGAGUAGAGAAGUGGAAACUACAUCAUAUGAGCAAGAGAUAGACAUAUCAAAUGAUAAAGAAAAGGUGGAUGAAGCUUUGCCUGACAAAUCUACAGAUGAUGAAGAAGACAAGACCAAGAGCUCAAUUAAAACAACUGAAAAUGAAAUUCUGGUGGAAACACAAAAAAAUGUAGAGGGGGGCGUUCAAGAUGAAGAAAAAGCGGAGCCUCCACAGGAAAACGCAGGCCAGAAACACGAGGAGAAUAUUCAGGAGAACAAAAGAACAAGCUCAGUAGAAGAGGUUGUUGCUCAACAAGAACCAGCACUGUCAAAAGAGGAAAAUGUGGGGGAAACCAAUCCGACGAAUGAACUUAAGACAACAGCUGUGGAGGAGAAGGUUGUUGUAGAAAGCUCGGAUCAAGAAGCACCCUUCAUUACAAGAAGAAGUCUCAGAUACCGAACAGUAACAGUCCAGUCUACACCAAGAAGAAAAUCAAAACACCUCCACAGACAAGAGGUGGAGUCACAAAAAGUAACAAAGGACAACAUAUCUGGAAAUGAAAAUGACUCAGCAAUACAGGAAACAGCUGAUGAUUUAAAUAUCCCUAUAGAGAAGGAGAAUAGGACAUUAAAUGCUGAGGAGAGCAUUGCUGAAUUUGAAAAUUCAAAGACAAAAGAAGGAGAAGGCAUUAUUCAGGAAAAUAUAGAAGGAAAGGCAGAAGAAACAGGGACAAAAGAUGAUGCUGUCGAGGAAGGAAAUGAAGUCCUGUUUGAAAUCAAUGAAAGUAGCAGUGCCAGCCCAGAAAACACUAAGCAGAACAAGACUCAAGAGGAAAAUUUUGAGAGAGAUGUACAGGUGUCCAAGGAACAGGAGGAUGAUGAACAGGAGGUCUCAAGUGUACAGGAGGAAGAGAAACCACUCCAGGAAAGAGAAAAUGAGGAAGCAGUGCAAGGAAGCUCUUUUGGUUUGGAGGAAACAGCAGUGGAAAGGAGAACCCUGAGAAAAAGACUGACUGUUGAAAUAGCUGCUCCAAGAAAAUCAAAACGUCUUCGCAAACAAGAGCAUGAUGAAGAUAGUGAGCAAGUCAAGGAGGCGGUUAUGGAAGAAACUGAGACAGUUGAAGUGACAUUUACAGCAGAUAAUGUAGAGCUGAGCUCAGAUGAACCUGCAGCAGUUUUUGAGGGCAGUAAUUUGGGUGGAGAAAUACAACAGAAAAAUGCAGAAGGGACUAAAUCAGAUGGAGAUUGUAAUAUACAUGAAGACACCAAGACAGAUGCAGGUGAAUCUCAAGAGGAGCUGAAAGAGAAAAUAGUAAAUAAACCUCAAACAGAUGAGGAUAACGAAGAGGUUAUGGAGCAAAAUAGCAAGAAAUUAGAAGAGACAGGUGAAAUGGAGAAAGUGAUAGAGCAACAUGUGGAGACAGAAAAGCAAAAGCUUGAGUCCAGUACAAAUGAGGGCUUCACUUUAGUGUUGGAGGUAGAGGACACAUCUGAUCAAGAAGAAAACAAAGCAGAUGAGGAGAGCAGAGUGGCCAUGGAGGCCCCAAAAGACAUAUUCACAUCUGCAGAAAAAUCUGAUGAAGGUGAAGAAAAUAUCUCUGAUGAGGAUGAGAAAGGUCUUGCCAUUGAAAAGCAUGUUCUCAAGAGUAGCUCAAGUACAUCUUCAAGCAGACGAAGAUCAAUGAGACUGCAAAUGCAUGAACCUAAAAAGAACACUAAAGAAGAUGGAUCGGAUUCAGAGGAGUCAGAAGUACAACAAACAGCGAAACAGAGACAUCAGAGAAAAAGAAAAGCCAUAACUGACUUGACACCUGCACGCAGAUCAAAACGCUACGUUAGGGGAAAAAAUGUUUAGCAGAUCUGUGGCUCUUGUAUUACUACAAGCCUCCUAUGCAUUGCUUAAGGGACCUACCAAUUAUAUACAUAAUGUGAAGUUUUCUAUUACAUUUUCAUUUGCAAAAUAAUGCAAAUUAUUUUAAACAACUAUAUUUUGUAUUUCUUUCGGAAGUAUUGGGGAUUUUAUAAAAUACUUGUUUCUUGAAAUUAUGAUUUACUGGUAAAUUAAGCAUGAUAAGUAUAACAUUUUGGAUGGUAAAUGUCUAACUAUAGUAUAUUUAGGAUAGACUCAAGUUAGACACAGUUAUUGUUUCUUUUAAAAUUUUUAUUCUAUAUUGUGCUUUGUAAUUUCAUUAUGGAAGUUUUUAACGUAGCACUAUUUUUUAUAUAUUCCAUAGUAGUUUUUAUCUUAAAUCCAGAAAAUUCAACUAAAUGAAUUCACAUGGAACAAUUCACUACAUUCAGUUCUGGAUAGGAUGCUAAAUUAAAUAUUGUUGCUCAUUUUCAGAGUAAACAAGCAAGUGUUUUGUGUGAUUUUUUCCCCCCAACUUGCUGUAUGCGCUUCAUUACAUAUAGUGUACCUUUCAAAGGUGAGUUUGACACGUUUUGUGACUGCAGUGUCCCAAAUACUAGAGAAUCUGCCACAACUGCUCUUGUUUUAUUGCCAAGGAAAAUAUAUUAGUCUUUUGUGAAUCUCAAAGCAAUAUAUUUUGUAACUGGAUCCAUUUUAUCAUUUUCAUAGCAAAUGGUUGUGAAUGUGUAAUGCUAUAGGUUUGUUUAGCAUUCUGUUAGCAGAGCAGUUUAUGUACCUUAACAUUUUAUUUUUUACAUCAAUAUUAAAAUUUAAAAAGAAUGACUCUUUUCUUUUAUGUUUUUCUCUGUGAUUGUCCUGUGCAAACAUUUCCCUGAACUGUGAUUUGUCAGAUCAUUUUUCUUAAAUGGUUAAAUAAAUUCAUAAAAUACAUUGUAA